AUGAAGUCCUUCUCCCCAAAGGACUUCAUCGUAGACGUUGGGAGCGGAGCCAGUUCAAUCACCGACGCAGGAAUCGAAGUCGCGACAAAAACAAAAAAACCUCGCUUGGUUGCAAGAGUAUCGCAGUUUAUCCACGAGUGGACCCCUUUCCUUCUCGUGUCCUCGUACUUCCCAUUCUCCGUCUGUCUCUAUCUCGUCUGCUCGCAGACCUUUGUCGAGGUCUUCUUCUUCAUCUAUCUGGCGACAAACUUCUACGUGGCAGCCGGCACCGUUCUGGAGGCUUUCUUCUCCAUCACACCCAUCAAGGAGUCACGUCAGGUGGUGGAGAAGGCGUCGGCCAAGAAUUGGGUGUUUCCGACCCCUGAUAGCGACUUGGGCAUGCUGGAUCUCAUCCUUGUCGCCUAUCUGCCCAACGAAAAGGACAUCAUCCUGGACCGUGUCGACUACAUGGUCAACAAGAUCAUAUAUCCCCGCGACAAGAUCAGGAUCAACGUCUUGUACAACACGCCCAAGGCCAUACCAGACGUCGAGAACGACCUCAGAGUGCUGGCAAAGGAACACCACCAUCUCCGGGUUGUCAAAGUGCCAAACUCAACGUCAAAGGCCGACAACCUGAACCACUUCCUGACGCAUUGCGUUGAGCCUGAUUCCGACGUCAUCGCCAUCUUUGACGCGGAUCACUACCCGCAUCCGAACGCGAGCCGAUGGGCCAUGGAGCGCUUUGCACAGUCGUCCGACAUUGACAUCGUGCAAGGCCGCUGCAUCAUCUUCAAUUCCCAGGACAACUUCCUCACGAAGAUGAUCGCGGUCGAGUUCGACAAGAUAUACGCCGUGUCGCACCCCGGCCGGGCCGUCAUGUGGAAUUUCGGCCUCUUCUGCGGAUCCAACGGCUACUGGCGCAGCGACCUGCUGAAGAAGCUCAAGAUGGACGGCAGCAUGCUGACCGAAGACAUCGACAGCGCCCUCCGCGCCCUCUCCCACGGCGCCAACGCAGUCCACGACAUGAACGUCACCUCCUACGAGCUCGCACCCACAACCUGGCCUACCUUCUGGAAGCAGCGCCUCCGCUGGGCCCAAGGCUGGACCCAAGCCAGCGCCCGCCACCUCCAAAUGACCUGGAACGCACCUCCCGAGCAACGGCCCCGAACAGCCCGGAUCCGCUUCGGCAUCUUCAGCCUGCUCUUCAUCCGCGAGUGGAGCUACUACCUCGUCACGCAGUGCACCUGUCUCACCUUCAGCUUCGUCAUCUCGCGGUGGCCAAAGAGCGGGCUCGGGGCGCUGCACUUUCUCUUUUUCCAGUAUCCGAUUGCGUGGUGGUUGUUCUUUCUGAGUGUGCUGUGCCUCGUUGCCACGCUCUGGAUUACGAAUCGGGUCAAGUCGGAGUUUGUGACACGGUGGGAUAUUGUGGUGUUUAGUGUGUUUUAUGCGUUUUAUAUCAUUGUUAAUGCGACGAUUGGGCUGUAUGGGCAUGCGCGGCAGGUGGCGCGGUAUUCGUCGUGGAAUCCGACGGUGCGGUCGUGA